AUAGGUCUCAGCAAGGGACAUGGUGAUGGGCAGAGGGACAUGGUAUGUGCCUGGCGGAAGGAGAGCCAUAUCUCUUGGGGAUGGAGGUGGCUAACAUUUACCUCAUACUUCUUUCUUAAGUACUAGACAGAGAAAAAUGUGGGAGAAUAUGAGAGACCUGAUACAGAAAAAAAUCAAUGUUUAGAGCUCCCCAUAAAUGGAAUGGCAUGUCAAUCAGUGAAUAGGCAUUUAUUCAGCAUCUGUUAUGUGCCCGGCAUUGUGCUAAGAGCUGGGGAAAAAAAUAAAAAGACAGUCCCUGCCCUCAAGGAACUCAGAGUGGUGCUGUAUGCCCAGGUCCUCAAACAGAAUACUACAUCUGUUAAUCAUUCCACCUUUUGUCUUCCACACCUGGAAUGCUCUGCCCCCUCACUUCUGCCUCUUAAUUUGCCUGGCUCCCUUUGAGACUCAGCUCAAGUCCCAUCUUCUGCCUUUCCCAGAUCCCUCUCAGACCUAGGACCUUCCCUCUAAGAAUACCUCCAGGCCAGCCAGGUAGGGCAAGAUCCAACCCCUAAGGAGUGAUUCUACUACCUAAGCGCAGCAGAUCCCCUUCCCAAGUGUCCCAUAUGCUAGUGCAUUCAGUUGAGACAAACUCUUCCAAAGUUAGGAUCUUUUCUGGUUAUCCUGGCUAUCUCCCAAGUCCCAUUCAGUUGAACUAAAUUCCAAGGCCACUUUAGAAUUGAGAAUUAAAGGUCUGGACCAUAUCAUUUCCAGGAGACACAGAAAGAGUACUCUUCUUCAAAGCCUACUCUCUUGGCAGCCACUAAGGAAGAGCACAAUUCAGCCUACAAAAGAUCAGCUCUCAUAUAACACUCCUUCCUUGCAUUCCCCAUCCACCCCACAACCUGUCCCAGUGACUUUCGAAGGAGAGAAUGAAUCCAAAAAUGAAACCUCUAUCUUUCUAUAUAUGGAAAACUUAGCCCUUCCAAAUCCACAGCCAUGAUGCUUUUUGGCACCCAGUGCCCUACAUCAAGCAGUGUAACUAUUAUCCUUCCCUCCUCUCCCCUCCCCCCCCUUGGCAACCAUGACCUUCCUUGAAGCAUCCAGGGAGGACAUCUUACUAUAUGUGCUCAGAAUUCUUUGUUUGCUGAGUUCUCAUUCACCAGAGACAUUCAGGAGGAAUUGUCAGUGAUUUUUUAAAAUUUUAUUUAAUUUUUCAAUUUAUUUUCUCUUCCUAUCUAUUCCCACCCCCAUUUAGAAGAAGAAGAAAAAACAAGAAAAAUCCUUGUAAUAAGUAUGCUAAGCUCAAAGUGGGGGAGGGGUUGUGUAUAGGGAGUUAAAGGAAAGGGAAGGAAAGAAUGAUGGGAGUCUAGGGGAGAGGAAGAGAAAGACAGGAAAGAGGAAGCUGAUUUCAUAAAGCAAAGAGCACAAAUGAUAGCACACUUUUCUCAUUGCCCUCUUCUUCAUAAAGAGGGGACAGAGAGCAACGAGAUGGAAAAAUACAGGAGAAUUGUUUGGAAAACAACACAUAAUUAAUUAUCAUAACUAUGAAUGUGAAUGGGAUUAACUCACCCCUAAAGUGAAAGAGGAUAACAAACUGGUUGAUGAUGUUUUAGAAGGAAUUCUUGGUCAAGAACAGUUUGGGCUAGAUGGCUCUGAAAUUCCUUCAUUUCUGAGAUACAAUAUAGUUGAAUGGAAAGAAUAUUUGACUCUAACGUAAGAGCCCAAGUUCAAAUACUACCUUGGACAUAUAUUAUCUAUAUGGCCUUGUAACCCUUCAUAGUCUCAAUUUCCUCAUCUGAAAAAGGAAUUGGGCUAGAUCAGAGGUUCUUAAUGUUUUUUUGUGGUGUGGAUCUCUUGGGCAAUCUGAAGACCCUUCAUCAAAAUCAUGUUUUUAGAUGUAUACAAUAAAAUUACAAAAGAAACCAAAUAAUAUCAAUAUGUAGUUAUCAAAAUUAAAAUAUAAAACUAGUUGAAAACCUUUGAGAUCUAUCUAGGGAACCAUGAUAAGAACGAGAUAAUCUCUCUUUUUAUUUUACAUUUAUGAUCCUGUGAGUCACUGCAUCCUAUCUUUUGAUUUAUCCCCAUGUGAUAUAGUGUCUUUUCCAUUAUCCUACCUUAACCUCCUCUGGUGCACUGUUCUUUGACUGUAAUCAGCAGAUUGCCAUUUGAAGGGAGAUUGGGUUUAGUUUGUGAGUAACUUCCAUGAAGUUUUUCAAGGUGAGUGGCAUCAAAAGAGCACAAUAUUUGGUCAUAACAUCUUGUUGUGAUAUAAAGAGCUCUGAUUUGUCAUGAGGAUAUAAAUUUGAAUCCUAUCUCUUUGUCUUGGCAUCAGUCACUCUCUUUCUCUAUAGCCAGAUGGUGCAAUGGAUAGAAUACCAAGCCUCAAGAAGAUGUGAGUUCAAAUAUGGACUUAAACAUUUACUAUCUAUGUGAGUCCCAGGCCAAAUCACUUUUUCUCUAUCUUCAUUACCUUAUCUGUAAAAUUGGGGUAAUAACAGUAUCUACCUCCCAGGGUUGUUAUAGAGAUCAAAUGAAAUAAUAUUUGUGAUGAAAUGAGAUCUUAGUACAUUGCCUGGCACUUAGUGGGAACUUAAUAAAUGCUUGUUUCUUUCUCUAUUCUCUCUUCUGUAAAAAUGGGGUAGGGAGUUAUGAGGGGUAAAUUGGACUAAGUGGCCUUGAUAGUCCUUCUAGCUCUAGAUUCUGGGGUAUCCUAUUUUCUCUGGCUGUUUAUUCAAGCACCUACAUCAUCUGGUAACAUGAAUCAUUGUGCUUUGUAGGUAAACUGAGUCUGAGAGAGUGAGAUUUUCAUCAUCCAAAGACUGGUGAUUGAGGGAAGGAUUUCUCCUUGGGUCCCAACCAUUUAGAGCAGACUGGUGGAUCAUGGGGAUUCAUCCAACAAUUUCCCCUGGACAGGUCCUUGUUACUUCUAGCUAUUGUAAGUCACAGGUUUAGAUCUGGAAGGGGACCCAGAAGCCAUCCAAUACAACCCCUUCAUUUUACAGAGGAAGAAACUGAGGUAGACAGCAGUAAAGAGACUUACUUAAUUCACACAGCUAAUAUGUAGCAAACUUGGGAUUUGAAUGAAGUUCAUCUGACUCCAGACCCAGUCUUUUUUCCACUAAUCUGUGCUGCUUCCCUGAAUUUGGGAAGAGUAGUAAGGUAGAUUAACUGUAAUGUGGCCAAGCCAUCAGAGAGGAGUCACUGAUGGGAAGCAUGCUGUCUGGCUGGCCCUGUUUCCCAGAGAUAGGUCACCCUGAACCAACCCAGAGUAUGAUGGGGGUGGCUGAACAGUAGUCCUAGAAUCAUUCAAAGGAAAAGACAUUAUGGUGGAGCUUAUAGCAGAGCUCUUCCGUGUCUUAGUCUACUCUUCUCUCUCUCUCUCUCUCUCUCUCUCUCUCUCGCUCUCUCUCUCUCUCUCUCUCUCUCUCUCUCUCUCUCUCUCUCUCUCUCUCUCUCUCUCCCUCCCUCCCUCCCCCCUCUCUCUCCCUUCUCUCUCUCUCCUCUCUUCUCUCUUUCUCUAUAUCCCUCUAUCUCUUUCUCUCUCUUCCCUCUCCCUCUCUCCUUCUCUCUCUCCCCUCUCCCUUUCUCUUACUCUCUCUUCCCUCUUCCUUUCUCUGUCUCCUCUCUUUCUCUCUCUUCCCUCUUUCUCUCUCUCCCCCUUCUCUCUCUUCCUCUCUCUUUCCCUCUCUUUCUCUCUAAGUCUGUCUCUCUUUCUUGUCUCCUUCUUUGUUCUUUUAUUUCCCUUUCCUUUGAAAUAGACAGCACAAUAUGAUGAAGCUUAGUGGUGGAUUUGACCUCAGGAGGUUUGAAUUUGAUAUAAAUGUCUUCUAGCUCCUAACUAGUGUGGCUACAGGCUGCAUAUUAACUUCUCUGAGACUGUUUUCCCAUCUGUGAAAUGGAGUCCUCACAUUAUCUAAAUAGCUCACAAAAUUGGUGUGUGGAAACUGAUUUUUUAAAGUAUUAAAUGCCAUAGCUAUAUAGAUAGAUAAAUAGACGCAUGAAUAAAUGGAUAGAUAGAUAUAGAUGAAUAUGAAGAUAAAAAGAAAUUAAUAGAUGAAUAGUUACACAGAGAUAAAUAGAUGCAUAGAUAGAUAGAUAGAUAGAUAGAUAGAUAGAUAGAUAGAUAGAUAGAUAGAUAGAUAGAUGAUAGACAGACAGAUGGAUAGAUAAAUAGAUAUGCUUAGAGCAUAAAUUUAAAGCUAGAAGGAACCUCAGAGGUCAUCUACUCCAACCCCCUGUCAUUUUACAGAUAAAGAUACUGAGGCCCAGAGAGUUUAUAUGAUUUAACAAGGAUUCCAAUGCCAGCAAAUAUCCUAGAGCCAUAACUAGGGCAAAGAAACUAGAGUUUUGUCCCAGGGGUACAAAAUUUAGAGUACUGAAUGACUUUGAAGUCCUUCAACAGCAUGGGAAUAAUUGAUCUCAGGACCUUGUUAGCAAGAAUAAUUUGUUAAAAUAGCAAGUGAACAGAUGUCAUGAUUCUUCUACUCUGGCCUCACCUCAGGUGAGCUCCUCCCUCAGCACCAUCUUGUUCCUUCCUCCACUCUCUAGAGCUUCACAGCAUCCUGGGGUCUCCAGUUAUGGGAUCCAGUGUCUCAAACUUCUUCCCUCCUUUCCAAAAUUGUCUUAAAAAGUUGUUUUGAGAGUAUAUUUAGUGUCACUCUCCCCAGGUAGAAAGAUGGCCAGUUUAGUUUGUUUUUCUGUAUACAUUACUUGGCCACUUGCCAGGAGUAUUUUCCUUACCUAUAAUUCCUAGCUAUCUGAUUUCUUUCAAGACUUAGCUCAGAUCCCACCUUCUGCAGGAGCCUGUCCUGUCCCCCCUGGUUGUGAAUGGCUUCCCUUUGAGAUUGUUUUUCAUCUGUCUACACCAGCGGUUCUUCACUUUUGUCAUAUCAUGGUAGUAUGGUGAAGUCUAUGGCCAUCUUCCCAAAAGAAUUGAAAAAUGCUAAAUUUUAGUUAGAGGUUAAUAAAAAUAAAGAGAUGGCCUUAUUUUGUGAUAGUAAAAUAAUUUUAUAAUAAUGAAAAUGAAGAUAAAAUUUUUCCUGUCCAUAUUCAUAGGUCCCCUGUUAUUGAUGGAUCCCUUGUUGGUUUUAACCUCAAGCUGAAAACUCCUUCACUGGGACAGCUAGGCAAUACAGUGUGUACAGAGUGCCAGGACUUUAGUAAAGAAGAGAUGGGUUCAAAUUUGACCUCAAACACUUUCUUAGCUGUAAGACCCUGGACAAGUCAUUUAACCCCAAAUGCCUAGCCCUUGCUGCUUUUCUGUCUUAGAACUGAUACUAAGAAAGAAGAUAAGGACUUUAACGGGGGUGGGGGAAACACCCUGUUCCUAGUCUAUUCUCUGUCUAUCUUGCAUGGACAUAUUAUUUACUUGUCUCUCCAUUAGAAUGUAGGUACCUUGAAGGCAGGGACAGUGAAUGCCUUUAUCUCUCCAGCAUUUAGCACUGUGCCCAGCAAUUUAAUUAGUGCUCAAUAAAUGCUUGGUGAUUGACUGUCUGAUUUAUUAUGACUGCUCUGUUCUGGAACCACAACAAUCCUGAUAAUAGGUGUGCUUUAGUCCAAAAAUGACCAUAUCAUAAUCAUCUGGUUCACAAAUGUGCACCUCUAGCAAAUUCAGUGGCUCCCUAUUGCCUUUAGGAACAAAACAAACUAGAAGCUCCUUGGCCUGACAUUUCCAUAGAGGCAAUAUGAUGUAGUGAACUGAGUGCUAUACUUGACGACAGGAAGACCUGGGUUUGAAUCCCACCUCUGGCAGCCUAUUUUUUUUUCAUUUCUCUUGACCUCCUCUUCCUCAUCUGCAGAAUGGAUUGAUUGGGCUGAAGGUUCUUCUGCAUUCAAGUCCUUCCUCAGACAAGUGCUAGCUAUGUAACUGAGCCUCAGUUUCUUCAUCUAUAAAAUGAGGAAGGUAAUAAUCUUCAAGGUCUCUUCCAGAACUAAAUCUAUAAUGUUCUAUUUACUAGCUCUAUGACCCUAAACACAUCAUUUAACCUCUUGGUCCAAGUUUCCUCAUCCAUGAAAUGGGAAUUAUAAUACUUAGAAAAAUAGACUUACAAGAUUGCCAUUGGGUUCUAAUUAGAUAACAUAUAGAAUGUGUCUAGUGAAGCUUAAAGUACCAGUUUUCAUUAGGUGAUUCCUAAGGUCCUUUCUAGUUCUAAAUCCUGUGAUCCCUUGUUCAUCCUGUUCCCUUUCUCCAGAAUAGGGAUGUGCUUACUCUAACUGCAUUUGAUAAUGACCUUGAAGUAGGUGAGUCUAUCCACUCAAAACCAGUGAGCUUAAAUCAACAAGUCCAUUCUCAUUCAGUUGCUGCCCAUGACCCAAAGGGAUCAAUCAAUCAUUCAAUCAAUCAAUAAGCAUUUAAUAAAAGCCUAGUAUGUGACAGGCAUUGGGCUAAGUACUAAGGAUGCCAAAAAAAAAAGACAAAAGACAGUCCCUGUCUUCAAGGAGCUUCCAUUCUGAUAAUAAGAUUGUAGCCAGGCUGUCCUGGCCAUGCCAUCUUGUUUUGAAGCACUGGUAGGUUCUUCUCUUACAUAGGACCCAAAUGUAAUCAUAUCUUCACAUCAAACCUUGGAGUCACUUUAUUUUCUUUUUUUAAAACCCUUACCUUCCAUCUUUGAAUUAAUACCACAUAUUGGUUCCAAGGCAGAAGAAUGGCAAGGGCUAGGCAAUUGGCAUUAAGUGACUUUGCCCAAAAUCACACAACUAGGGAGUGUCUGAGGCUUGAUUUUUCCGGCCUGACUCUCUAUCCAUUGAGCCACUUAAUUUCCUGGGGCAACUUUCCAUUCAUAACCAAGCCACCUUGAACAAAUGGGAGCCAUCUCUGUGCUAUAUUCUUUUAGGAGCAGUUGUGUCUUUUCUUCACUUAUUGCCUUUCUAGGAUGCCCUUUUUCCUUAGCUGUGCCUCUCAGAAAACUACCUGAGAUUUUUCACCUGGAACUCAUCUAUCUUCACUUUUCAUCACAAUCUCCUUGGCAGCAUGACAGCCACACUCCACCCAACGCCAAGACGCAUGUUGUUAGUAACAGGUAAACCAUAGAGAUUGUGCUUCAGAUAUAAGCUUCUGUGGGUGUUCCUAUAUCUGGUUUAUAGAAAGAGUAAGCAUUUAAGUGAUCUUUGUGUUGUCUUCAGUGCUGGUGUACCCAGGUUAGACCAGUCUAUCUUUGGAAAGAGUCCCAGUAAGAUAUGUGGAAGAAUGCAGAAGUGAGCCACAGAGACUUGGAAGGAAAGUCCCAUAAGCCUCUUCCACUUGGGAUGGAGAACGAUCGUGUCUUCAAUGACCUGUGGGGGAAGAACAACAUGCCUGUCGUCUUGAACAACCCAUAUUCAGAAAAGGAGCAGCCCCCAACCUCGGGAAGACAGUCACCAACCAAGAAUGGCAGCCCUACCAAAUGUCCUCGAUUUCUCAAAGUCAAGAACUGGGAAACAGAUGUGGUCCUCAAUGACACACUCCACCUCAAGAGCACCUUGAACACAGCUUGCACUGGGCAGAUCUGCAUGGGUUCCAUCAUGUUCCCCUCCCAACACAUACGGAAGCCUGAGGAUGUCCGGACUAAAGAGCAGCUCUUUCCCUUGGCCAAAGAGUUCAUUGAUCAAUACUACUCAUCUAUAAAGAGAUUCGGCUCCAAAGCCCACACUGAUAGACUGGAAGAAGUGAAUAAGGAGAUAGAAACCACCAGCACCUAUCAGCUGAAGGAUACCGAGCUGAUCUAUGGAGCCAAGCAUGCCUGGAGAAAUGCUUCUCGCUGUGUGGGCAGGAUCCAGUGGUCCAAGCUACAGGUGUUUGAUGCACGAGACUGUACCACAGCCCAUGGGAUGUUCAACUACAUCUGUAAUCAUGUCAAGUACGCCACGAACAAAGGGAACCUCAGGUCUGCCAUCACCAUCUUUCCCCAGCGGACAGAUGGCAAGCAUGACUUCAGAGUCUGGAACUCACAGCUCAUCAGAUACGCAGGCUAUAAGCAGCCUGAUGGCAGCAUCCUAGGAGACCCCGCCAACGUGGAGUUCACAGAUAUCUGCAUUCAGCAAGGUUGGAAGCCUCCAAGAGGACGUUUCGACGUCCUGCCGCUCCUGCUCCAGGCCAACGGCAAUGACCCAGAGCUGUUCCAGAUUCCUCCAGAGCUGGUUUUGGAAGUACCCAUCAGACAUCCCAAGUUCACCUGGUUCAAGGAACUGGGGCUCAAGUGGUACGGUCUGCCAGCUGUAUCCAGCAUGCUUCUGGAGAUUGGUGGCCUCGAGUUCAGCGCUUGCCCAUUCAGCGGCUGGUACAUGGGCACUGAGAUCGGUGUCCGUGAUUACUGUGACAACUCCCGCUAUAACAUUCUCGAGGAAGUGGCCAAAAAGAUGAAUUUGGAUAUGAGAAAGACUUCCUCCCUGUGGAAGGACCAAGCACUGGUGGAGAUCAACAUUGCUGUGCUCUACAGUUUCCAGAGUGACAAAGUGACAAUUGUUGACCACCAUUCAGCCACCGAGUCCUUCAUCAAGCACAUGGAGAACGAGUACCGCUGCCGAGGGGGAUGCCCGGCUGACUGGGUCUGGAUCGUUCCCCCCAUGUCUGGCAGCAUCACACCCGUCUUCCACCAGGAAAUGCUCAACUAUCGACUCACGCCAUCCUUCGAGUACCAGCCGGAUCCAUGGAACACUCAUGUCUGGAAGGGUACUAAUGGGACCCCCACAAAAAGGAGAGCCAUUGGCUUCAAGAAGUUGGCUGAAGCUGUCAAGUUCUCAGCCAAGCUGAUGGGUCAGGCCAUGGCCAAAAGAGUCAAAGCCACCAUUCUCUAUGCCACUGAGACAGGCAAAUCUCAAGCCUAUGCAAAGACCUUAUGUGAAAUCUUCAAACAUGCCUUCGAUGCUAAGGUCAUGUCCAUGGAAGAAUAUGACAUCGUACACCUGGAACAUGAGACGCUGGUCUUGGUGGUCACCAGCACCUUUGGCAAUGGAGACCCUCCAGAGAAUGGGGAGAAAUUUGGCUGUGCUUUGAUGGAAAUGAGGCACCCGAACUCCGUGCACGAGGAGAGGAAGUCCCCGGAACCCCUGCCUUUCUUUCCCCGUAAAGGACCACCACCUCCCUAUGACCCAACGGAAGUGUACAGCCUGGCUGCCAUCCGGGACAGUCAGGACAGGAGCUACAAGGUCCGUUUCAACAGCGUCUCCUCAUAUUCAGAUGCCCGAAAAUCUUCCAGCGAUGGACCAGACCUGAGAGACAACUUUGAGAGUGCUGGGCCCCUGGCCAAUGUGAGAUUCUCGGUGUUUGGUCUUGGCUCAAGGGCCUACCCCCACUUCUGUGCCUUUGGCCAUGCAGUGGACACCCUCUUAGAAGAACUCGGAGGGGAGCGCAUCCUGAAGAUGAGGGAAGGAGAUGAGCUCUGUGGCCAGGAAGAGGCCUUUAGGACCUGGGCCAAGAAAGUCUUCAAGGCAGCCUGUGAUGUGUUCUGCGUGGGGGAUGAUGUCAACAUUGAGAAAGCCAACAAUUCCCUCAUCAGUAAUGACCGAAGUUGGAAGAGAAACAAGUUCCGGCUGACCUACGUGGCUGAAGCUCCAGAGCUCACACUCGGCCUAUACAGCAUCCACAAAAAACGAGUGUCGGCUGCCCGGCUUCUCAGUCGCCAGAAUCUCCAGAGCCCUAAUUCCAGCCGAUCCACCAUCUUUGUUCGCCUGCACACCAACGGGAACCAGGAGUUGCAGUACCAGCCCGGGGACCAUCUGGGCGUGUUCCCUGGCAACCAUGAGGACAUGGUGAAUGCCCUGAUCGAUCGCCUGGAGGACGCCCCUCCUGCCAACCAGCUGGUGAAGGUGGAGCUUCUGGAGGAGAGGAGCACAGCUCUGGGCGUCAUCAGCAACUGGACGGAUGAGCGGCGCAUCCCGCCCUGCACCAUCUUCCAGGCCUUUAAGUACUACCUGGACAUCACGACGCCCCCCACGCCCCUGCAGCUGCAGCAGUUCGCCUCCCUGGCCACCAGCGAGAAGGAGAAGCAGCGGCUGCUGGUCCUCAGCAAGGGCUUACAGGAGUACGAGGAAUGGAAGUGGGGCAAGAAUCCCACCAUCGUGGAGGCCCUGGAGGAAUUCCCGUCCGUGCAGAUGCCGUCCACCCUCCUGCUGACCCAGCUGUCCCUGCUGCAGCCCCGCUACUACUCCAUCAGCUCGUCCCCAGACAUGUACCCUGACGAGGUGCACCUGACCGUGGCCGUCGUGUCCUACCGCACCGGAGAUGGGGAUGGCCCGAUCCACCAUGGCGUCUGCUCUUCCUGGCUCAACCGGAUCCAGCCGGAGGAGGUGGUGCCCUGCUUCGUUCGAGGCGCUCCCAGCUUCCACCUGCCCCGGGACCCCCAGGUGCCCUGUAUCCUGGUUGGCCCAGGCACGGGCAUCGCCCCUUUCCGGAGCUUCUGGCAGCAGCGGCUCUUCGAUAUCCAGCACAAAGGAAUGACUCCAUGUCACAUGAUCCUGGUCUUUGGAUGUCGGCAGUCCAAGAUUGACCACAUUUACAAAGAGGAAACCUUACAGGCCAAGAACAAGGGGGUCUUCAGAGAGCUGUACACAGCAUAUUCCCGAGAGCCAGACAAACCAAAGAAAUAUGUACAGGAUGCCUUACAGGAACAGCUGGCAGACACUGUGUACAGAGCCCUGAAGGAACAAGGGGGACACAUCUAUGUGUGUGGGGAUGUCACGAUGGCGGCCGAUGUCCUGAAAGCCAUCCAGCGCAUCAUGAUCCAGCAGGGCGGGCUCUCACCAGAGGAGGCUGGGGUUUUCAUUAGCAAACUGAGGGAUGACAACCGCUACCAUGAGGACAUAUUUGGGGUCACCCUGCGCACAUAUGAAGUGACCAACCGCCUUAGAUCUGAGUCCAUUGCCUUCAUUGAAGAGAGCAAGAAGGACACUGAUGAGGUGUUCAGCUCCUAACCAGAUCUCUUCUGCCCCAUUUGGAUGGAUGCCAGGCAGGGCUGUCGGCCCCCAGGCCUUCUCCAGGGGAAAGGCACUAGUUUGGGAAAGACAGAAGCUGCCGAGUCUUUCCUACAGGACUCCACAUGAAGCGCGCGCUCCCUCUUGUCCUGUUAUUGUGUCGAGGUUUUUUGUUUGUUUCUUUGGUUCUGUGGGGCUUCCCUUGGCCCUGUCCGUUUCCUCUUUGAACUUUUCUGCUGCAAUGCAAUGCUUCUUAUCCCCAGUGACUCUUACAAAAUGAUGUUUCUUCUCACCCUCUUUAUCUCUUCUCCCUCUCUAUGCCAAGGGCAUACCACAGCUGCAUGAAAUCACCAGAUCACUCCCGUUGGGCAUUUUCAUGUUGGCUUUCUGGGGUUUCGUUGGAGGGGCAGCAGGGACUGGGGAGGAGAGACUUGCUGUGGGUCUCUUCCUAUGGAAAGUCCCCAGCACUGAAGUCACACACCAUCCUUUUUAAAAGUUAUUGUCAUUUUUCGGUGUGCGGGUGCACGCACAUGUGUGUGUAUGUGUAUGUGUGAGGGGCAUGGGUCCUCAUCUGUUGUCCUCUUGCCUGUGCAAGCCUGUUGCCUGCAGACCUUUGGUGCAGAGAAACUGUUUCCCCCCUGGCACAUGUUGACUCUUUCUGUGUCCCCUCUCAGCAAGGCUGGCACUUUUUUGUAGGAACUACUUGGGAGCCCCUGAACUGUACAGCAUUUGGUGUUCAAGUGGUCAGGGUGGCUGUGAUGUCCGGGGAUGAUUCUGGGAUUGAAAUCAAUGUCUAAGCCUCUGAUGAACUGAUCCGUCUCAUGACUUCCCUGCACCAUGCUUUUAUCCCUCUGUCCUGUUCCCUGACAUAUCAUCCAGUUAGAUCCUUUAAGCCCUUUCCCAGGUCCUUUGGUCACACUGCUCCUCAUCCUGCUUCUGUCAAUAUUUGGCCUCAAGCAAGUCAUUUAACUUCCCUGGAUCUCAGAGGAUGGAAACUUGGAGGGAGGAAAGGAAGGAAGGCUAGAUAGAUUUAGGACAAUGCAUAACUUCUGAAUGGAAAAGGAUUAGACUAUUUGGCACCAGAAAAACAAUGGACAGAAGCAGCAAAGAGGUUGAUUUUGAGGUAGGGAAAACCUUUCCUGACAAUGUAUUCAGAGAUGGAAUGAGUUGGAGGGAGUGGAUCCUCCCUCACUAGAGGUCUUUCUUUAAGCAAAGGCCAGAGGACCUGUUGGGAUGAAUAUUGUAGAGGAGAUUCAGGGACAGGUUGAACCAGAUGGCUACUGAAGCACCUUGCAGCUCUAAGAUUCUGUGAUCUUGGAUGAGAUCCAUGGAUGGACCAUGUUCCCUUUCACAGUUUGACCCUUUAGAGGAGGGCUUCUCCACCUUUCUUGAAGACCUCUGACAGUCAGCUAAAACCUAUGGACCCCUUCUCAGAAUCAGAUUCUUAAAUACAAAAAAGAAUAUACAUGGGAUUAUAUACAGGAAGCCAAAUAUAUUGAAAUGCAGUUAUCGAAAUAUUUUUAAAGGCCAAAUUCAGGGAUUCUAUGGUUAAAAACCCCCUGCCUUAAAGACAUUAAUAAACCUAUUUGAUGCUUUUCACAGAAUUACCUUCUCUUGGACCAGAUUAAAGAAGUCCUUUCAAAGGACGUUUGCUUUCUUCCCUAGUGAAAAGCAGAUGAUCUUUCCUUAAUGUCACUGUCCUCCCCUUCCGAUGAGCAAGCCCACCCAGGGUGGAUGGUUGUCCUUCAUCUUCACUAAGACCUCUAGGGAAGAUGGCAUCACCCUGGUUCAUGUUAGUGUUCCAUCCUCCAGGAGUCAUCACAUUCUUCUUCAUGUCCAAUCAUAAUCUCAAAGCACUGGAGAGAGCUCUGAAUUUAGGAUUGAGAAGACCUGAAUUCUAAUUCUUCCUCAGACAUAUACCAACUGUGUCACAGCCUGUAAGUCUUUUAACUCUUUCAGACUCAGUUUCUUCACUUCUAAAAUGAAGGUAACAAUAGCACCUACUCCACGUCAUUUUAAAUUUAGACCAAAUAAGAAAAUCUCCACAAUGCACUUUGCCACUAUAAAAGCUAUGUAAGUAUCCGCAAUGAUUAUUAGCUGCCCUCUUCUCCUUUAAACUGGUUUCCUCUUAUUCAAUCAAAAGAAUGGUUCAGCAUCUUCCUUGUAAAAACUCCUUCAAUGAAUUGAAUAUGAUCAUUAAGUCUUCCCCUCAUCUUUUCCAAUUAAAACGACUCUGCCUCCUCUCCUGGCUCCUCCCAGGGUCUUUUUUUAGUCCUUAUGUUCCUUUUGAGUCAUGCUCCUAGGACAUCACUGCUUCCCAGGGGUUUAGGCUGAUGCCUCUGCCCUCUCUCUUCCCUCUCGCUCUGACACAGACUCUCCUCUCUGCUUCCUAUCCCCAACUAAACUUGGUGCCUUCAUGAAUGAAUAACCCCAUCUUUUCUGAGUAGAUAAACAUCAUGAGUAAGGAGGGCUGUGGAAGCAGCACUCAUUCUAAACUGGGACUCAGAGGCAGAAAAAUUCCACCGAAGAAAUCUCAGUUCUCAAAGAGACCAAUGAAGAAAUGUCUCAAAAAGGAAUGUUCUCCUCAUUCAUUCCCUGGCCCCUCACACAUGUUACUUUAGAGCCACCUGCCACUAGCCCCUAGGGGGGAGAUUAAUCAGGUGGGAGCCUCCAUGUCCAAGCACUCCUUAACCUUGAAGAAUCUUAAAGCAGUUUAUUGCUCAAACUAGAAUCCUUCCAUGGGUCAGAGGGUGACAAGAUUGUGAAUUAACAGCUGAAAAAGACCUCAUCCCUCCAAGAGGCAAAGCAGCAGGCCCCAGAGAGAAUGUGAACAGGGCCCCCAGGAGAUCUGACCCUUCGGCUGUAGAGUCCCAACUCUAAAGCUAGCACAGACAUUGGAGACCAGUUUCAUUUUACAGAUGAGAAAACUGAGGCAGGGAGAGUUUUAAGUGACUCUCCUGAGCUUAUCCAAAAUACGAACUCACAUCAUGCUCUUUCCAUUGUCCCCUGAUGCCUCUGAAACCCGGGGUGGAUCCCCAGCAGAAGGAAGAGACCAGCUCCCUUUGCCUCCCUAUCCCAGGAGAGACCAUGGACAAUAAUGGCCCCACCAAAGAUGGGCUGAGAUCUGUACUGCUGGAGGGUGGGUCCUCGCACAGAUGAAAGUGCUGCAGAGUAAGUGGGUAAAUGCUGCCCCUUGGUGGUGGCUCUCAGGAUGUCCAAAACAGAGAUUCACUUUGUGCUCUUAAAAUCUGGUUACUGGCAUCUGAGAACGGUCCUACCUGGGGACGUUUCUUCUUCUCCAACUUGUUAAUCAAUAAGGCUUAUUAACCCUAAAUAUCCUGUUGAUCCUGGGAGUGAAGGAGAGGACAAGAUCCUUCUUCCAUCCCCUACCCCAGCCCCAAAGGGUAAAGCCAGCAAUUCCAGGGUCUCUGAGUUGCUGAAUGGUCCCUUAGAAAAAGUUGCAUGAUGCCUCUGUGCAGACCAGGCCUCAGCAAGUUAAUGAGCUUGCUCUAAAUUACAGAGAAGAAAAGAAAGAAAUGGCUAUCUGAAGGGGGUGGAAACAUGAAAUACAUCAACUAGAGGUUUACAUCCUUCGUGCUUUUGUGUCCCCUCCCUGCCUCCCUCCCUCCCUUCUUCCAACAACCAGCCUCCUCGCUUGCAUGCCUUUUUACAACCUUGUGUACAGGGUUUAGGCCAAGAGCCCCAAGAAGUUGCUAGAUGGUAGCAGAAGAUAGGUUCUCUAGCCCAAACAGAGGCAAAAGGUACCUGAGCACAGGCAACAUUCCCCCUGGCUCCCUGGGUCAUUGUGAGCUUUCCAGGCUGAAUGUAAACCUGUCCAUUGAGCACAGAUGAAAACAUUUUGUGCCUCUGAUUGGCUCCUUAAUCAGUUCCUCUCAAGCCCUUACCUUCAUUUCCAUCCAUGUCACCCCAGCCUGCCUGCCUCUUCUUUUUGCCCCAUUGCCAUUUGAAUCCUUCUUUCUCUUUGCAUCAUUCUGAACCCACCAAUCAGGCCCAUCAGAGGGCCUGAGCUAUCUUCACUCUCUCCAGCCUACAGACAACCAAGUGAAACUACUGACCUGGAAUCCGAGUUGCUUGCUCACGUUCCCUGUCAUCCUCCUAUCUUUGAUAUACUUACUCUUCCCAUUUCCAAGUUCCUAUUGGUUUUAAGACUACAAAAGGCCAAAUGGCAGUGACACCCCAAAGAAGACAAGGCCAAAGGGACCCCUCGAGCAACACAGGACAUCAGGGAUGGUGCUCGUAGGACAUGGGCACAAGAAAAGACAAUAUGUCCAGGCUCUCUAACCUUCCUCCCUCUCCAAGGCCCUUUGAGCCACUGCAGAAUUUACCUUUGGUGACACGGUUGGGAUGACAAAGACAAUGGUUACAAGGCUGCCUGACCCCAAAAUGCCUCUGUAUCCAUAUCUUGAUCUUGGCAAAACAAUCUGAUCUUUUUUCCAAAAGUCCAAAUUGGGGACAAAGGAAGAUGGUGGAAAGGAGAGAAAACACAUUUCAAUUUAACCUCCGAGGUACUUCAAACCUGAAUCUUUAAACUCUCCUUUUUCCAUCUACCUGCAGAAAGCAAUCUGUCAGCCAGACUGCCUUUGUAGCCAGUCUAAUCUGACCUUCUGCCCCUCGCAGCCAGCUUGCUUGAACACUGGCUAGCAAGCGCCUUACACUCAGUUCCAUAGUUUGGAUCAAAUAGCUUCAUAGGAUCAUCUUACUGAGCUCUGUGAAUGCUUUCUGAAACUUUACAAUGGCCCGAGCAUUUCCUAUGAAAAAAAAAAACAACAACAACCUUCUCCCAGUUGUGAAAGGGAUAUCUCCCAAAUUCCAGAGUUUCUAGAGAAAGAAAGAUUCCUGGAAAGCAAGGUGGAUCUGAGGACUUUGGAGCCUGACAUUUCAGGCCAAAUUCCUUGGGUUCCUCCCCUAUUCAGCUCCAUCAUCCCAUCCCAUCUCUCCUGCAUGGUCGUGUUCUUUGUGUUGUCAUCAUCUAAACCACAUGACAAGCUGAGAAUGGACUCGGUGACUCAGGGGCAACCGUCUUGUCGGCUUCGGUCUUGAAGCAUGCUUGUCUGUCUCUGUUUCCUUCGGGGGAGUGGGGGAACUAGGAGGGGCAGGGUUGGGGCAGGAGUGGCUGUUGCAUUAACCAUGGGUUUUCCCCCUACCUCUGAGCUCUUGAUGCUGCUAAGUCUGUGCCGUGCAUACAACGUGCUCCAGCACCUCCCUCCAGGGCUGAGUCCUGUUCAGUCUGCGAGGCUCCAGGCCGUGUUCUCCGCAUGCACCUCUUCUUCUGGAUAGCUCCAAUCUUCUGGUUUUAUGGAAUUAAAAAAUAAAAAACUACUUAUGCCUGUUUGCAUUAUGAUUAAAAAUUAAAAAGUGGACCUGACAUCA